UUGAUUUACGUCACGUGUUCUGAAGACACCCGGAAAACAAUUGUAAAAAGACGGAACGCUAUAUUUGUUCUAAAGUUUUAUUGUCUUGGUAGAAUUAUUGACCUGCGUUUGUAGGGCUUUUAUCCCGGGACUGAUUAGCAGAAGUAUCAUUAGCACAAGGAUCAUGCAGGCUUUGAGCGGCGUCCGGUACCUGGCUUCCAGUACUGUAAAACAGGCAGUUACAGAACUUUCUAUUCCGGUGCCGUGGGGAGAGAUCAGAGGCAGAGUCUGGGGUCCGGAUCACGGCCGUCCGGUUCUGUGUCUGCACGGCUGGUCUGAUAACUGUGGCUCAUUUAACAAGCUCAUCCCUCUGCUUCCCAGAGAGUGCAGAUACGUUGCAGUGGACCUGGCGGGUCAUGGUCUGUCAUCGCACCGUCCUCCUGGAGGUUUCUACCAGUUUCCCUACUAUGUGAUGGACAUGCUCCGAGUUGUUGACGCUCUGCAGUGGAAACGCUUCUCCAUCAUCGGCCACAGCAUGGGUGGUAACGUUGCUGGUCUGUUCAGUGCUCUGUAUCCUGAGAUGGUUAAUGGUAUCGUGCUUCUGGACUCCUUUGGAUUUUUACCUGCACAACAGAAAGAAAUAUCUGGAGUGAUGAGGAAGGGGUUUGAUGAGAUGCUGCAAUUUGAGAAAAAAACAAAGGAGGAGAAAAAUAGAGUGUACACGUAUGAAAGCGCAGUUGAGAGGUUGAUGGCUGCAAACACGUCUCUGUCAGAAGCGUCUGCUCGCAUCCUUUUAGAGCGAGGUCUGGUUCCAGUUGAAGGAGGUUUUGAGUUCUGCAGAGACUUUCGUAUCAAUCUGACAAACAUAAUGCGCUUAUCCUUGGAGCAGGGUCUGGAAAUGCAGUCGAAGAUCAAAGCCUCCAUUUUACUCAUUCUAGCGGAUGAAGGCAUUGAAAAAAUGUUUAUUUCUCCGACGGAAAAGAAAACGAUAGCAGCACUCCUCCAGGGCUACAAGGACAAAAAUCACACGAUCGUGAAUGUUCCAGGCGACCAUCACGUCCAUCUGAAUAACGCUGAAGUCGUCGCCCCUCUUGUGUCCGACUUCCUGCGAACCACAGUGUUGUCACCAACAGAUGAUCAGAGCUCCAAGUUAUAGCAAUAUUUAAAGCACAACACACACUGACUGAUUCAGCGUACGUUAUGAACCUUUACCCUCAGUAACCUCAGUUCCCCAGCUGCCAUGCCAUUAAGCACUAUAGUUGUUAUUGUGGUAUUUAAUAUGUUUAGUUGUUGAUUUGAUUGACAGUGGCAUUGUUUUUUCUCUUUUUUGACUCCAGAUAACUGAACAUUUUUGAAAUGCUGAUGUGUUGAAGUCACCACAACUGUGCCUUGGGCGUUUUCAUUGAUUACAUUGUGUAUUGUGUGUUUGCAUUUAGACAAAUAAGAACUAAGUUCAAUCAAGUGUGCAGCCUUUUCUUAGUUAGGUUAUAGUCUCAGGAGUUACGACUAUAAUUCCUCUAGUUUUGAAAUGAAUGAAAAUAUGAUAUUUGAAUCAUGCUCAGCUAAGCUUAGUAAAACUAAACAAAAAUAAACACAACAAAACUAGAAAAUGUCAUUUUUACAUAAUGGCCAAUUAAAUGUGACCUGGAGCGUUGGUCUGCAGGUGGUGUCAGGGGAGAGGCAUUGUUUUCUACAGGCCAGGAGGAUUCAGUUACUGGCAUCACAGAUUGCUCUGCAGAUCAUAUUUUUUAUAAUCAGUGUGUUAGUGUAUUAGAGCAAAGACCAGGAAACUGCAGCAUAGUUAAUAUUAAAAGCCAAGGGCGAAGCCUGAAAGACCUCACUCAGGGCAAAGUGUCAUUAAGUGCCCGCCCUGUGAAGGCUGCCACCUUCAGGCGUGAGGGAAAGUUUGGUGCCAGGACCGGGUCAGUGUCAUAGUGAGUGUUCAACAUCAAGUGCUAUGGCUGAACGAGGUAAGAAGCUCCAUGUGAGUAAAAGUUUGCGCCGGGGGAGAAAUCUGCACCGGUUUAGUUUGGUUGUGUUUAGUGUUUUGUAACUUCCUGUUUGGUAUUCAUUGUAAAAUGUAGUCACAGUCACCUUAAAACCAUUUAGACAAAAAAAGACCUGCAAUUAAACCAAUAGGAGGUCACAAAAAUUGAUGAAGAUUUUCACCAGCUGUUUGUGUUUGUCUUCUGUUUCUGGCUCUGACCUGUUACCUUUGCAUGGCAUCACAGUGGGGGAACGGAUGUGCGGUAAGAAAUAAACCUGCUGAAGUCUGA